AUGGACCCACAAAUGGAUUCUGAAAUGGAUGUCUCUUCAACACAUGACAAAUCUUCUGACCAAUCUCACGAUAAAUCUGAACAAUCUUACCAAAUGGAUGUUGAUAGCAAAGAAGACGUUAAAAAGGAACCAGAUCCGGGUCAACUAAACAAAUUACUGGAUGAUAUCGAAUCUGAAGUUCACGAACAAAUAUGUUCUGAUCAGUUACCCAGUAAACAAAGAUUAUCAAAAUCUGCCAAGGAUGGGGAUCACAGACAUCGAAUGACAGAAAAGGAGGAAGAUGAACAAUUACUUCAACAAAGUGCACUGACUAGUGGAAGUACUUUUGUUUUUGAAAAUACCCCUCCAUAUAUUAAAAAUGGAGAGAUGAGAGAUUAUCAAAUUCGUGGGUUGAAUUGGCUUAUUCAAUUACAACAUAACGGAAUCAAUGGCAUUUUGGCAGACGAAAUGGUUCUUUUAAUUUUUCUUCUUUUUCAAACCUUUUUCUAG